AUGAUUAAAGUUAAGAUAGAAUUUUUGGGAGGUUUAGAUGUUAUAAGUAACAAACAAAGAGAACAUAAAUUGAUUAUUGAUAAAGAAGAAGGUGAAGCUACUAUGAAAGAUGUCAUACUGGCAAUCUGUGAAAAAAUCAUUGCUGAUGAAAAAGAUAUACCAGUUUUCAUUGAAGAUGAGACUGUGAGACCUGGAAUCUUGGUUUUGAUUAAUGAUACAGAUUGGGAAUUAGAAGAUGGUGAGAAUUAUGUCAUAGAAAGUGGUGAUGUCUUCACAUUCACCAGUACUUUACAUGGAGGUUAA